AUGCACUACAACGGUCAUGAUAUUCACAUCAUUGAGUCUGGUCAAGAUGUGGGGUUCGAGGACACAACGCCCACGUCCGAAAAGAUGAAGUGCAGCGGCGACAGUCUCUGCAUUUUACUAAUCCUUCAGAUGAUUGCGUUCUCAGGAUCCAUUGGCAAUGGUCUUUUCCUUGGGAGCGGCAUCUCCAUAGCGAGUGCAGGCCCAGGCGGUGCUGUCAUGAGCUACCUCAUCGUCGGCACAGUCAUUGCUUCCAUCAUCUCCUGCCUGGGUGAGAUGACAGCCCUAAUGCCUGUCAAUGCCCCGAUGAUGGAGUUUCCGCGUCGAUUCCUUGACCGGGGAGUCGGCUUCGCCGUUGGUUGGGUAUACUGGUUUGCAUAUGCUGUCCUCGCGGCGAGCCAAGUCGUGGCUUUUGCAAACUCAGUGCGGUUCAGCUAUGACGAUACAGGCUUUGGCGGCAAAACAAUAAUCCAUUGGUACACUGGCGAGAAUGUUGAUAGUGCUAUUUGGAUCAGCCUUUGCUUAUUUGUCAUUGUCAUUAUCAACUUGCUCCCCGUCAUCAUAUAUGGCGAGCUCGAGUACAUCUUUGGAUGUAUAAAAAUGGUGCUGAUUGUUCUCUUGAUUGUGACAAUGCUGAUACUUGACGUCAUGAAUCCCCGACCCGGAGCUUAUUAUAGCAAGCCGCUUGGCACGAAAUACUGGAAUAAACCCUACGGCUUCUUCAGCGACGUGUAUCAUGUCACAGAUGACGAUGGGAAUGUACAACGAAAGAUCACAGGCUCAGUCGGCUCCCUGCUAGCCGUAUGGACCACAUUCAUCAACGCUAUGUUCUCGUACAUGGGCAUGGAUAUUGUCGCCGCCACCGCCGCCGAAAGUCGCGCCCUCGCGGAUUCGGAAAGCAUGAAGAUGGCGGCCCGAAAGAUCAACAUUCGCAUGAUAACUCUUUACGCGCUCGCCGUCACCACCGCGUCUUUUGUUGUCCCCCACGAUCACGCCUUCAUAAACGGUGCCGGAACUUCUGUCGGCUCGCGCUCCAUCUUUAUCAUCGCCGCUGUCGAGGCCGGUCUGCCGGCGCUCGCCGAGUUUUUCAACGCCAUGUUUACCGUGUCGGCGUUUACCUGCGCAAUCAACUCGCUCUACGUGGCCUCCCGCGUGCUGCAUACACUGGCGCUCCGCGGUCAGACAGGGCCUGAGUUCAUCACGAGACGGCUGCGUGCGUGCCGCUCUGGUGUGCCGAUCCGAGCCGUGAUUGCGACGGCCAUGCUGAUGCUGAUAGCUUAUAUGGGUAGAUCUGGUUCCCCCGGCUCUCGCCUGGACGAACUGUCCAACAAUUGCACGGUGUCUUGCUUGAUCGUAUACGCGACCAUCUGUGCUACUUACAUGCGAUUCUACAAAACACUCGAGGUCGCCAAGAUGAGCGAAGACAUGUCCGCCGCACAAGCAGCCAGCUACGACCGAGACAGUCCUCUCUACCCAUACAAGUCUCACGGCCAGUGGCUCAAGGCGUUCUACGGUUUUGCUGGGAGCUGCAUUCUGCUCUUAUUCAACGGCGUCCCUGCGAUUCUCGAAAGGCCAUUCAACGUCCGCAAGUUCGUCUCUGCGUAUGUCGGUAUUCCCGUUUACAUCUUGCUCGUCAUUGGUUACAAAUUUCGGAAACAUGGGUUCCGCAUUUCGAACUGGGGCCCGGAACGAUCCGACGAUUUAAGCAACACUGUACAGGCGGCGAGCGAGAAACGCCGCGGACGGCUGGAUCUACCGGACUGGGGAUUUACGAGGGCAAAUUUGCAAGCGGUUGGGCACUGGUUGUGGGUUUGGAUGAAAUAG